CGACAAGGAAAUUGUAAACGACGCCAUGGGAAGGACAUUCCAAGCAAGGAGAGAGCUUGUCAGCUCGGCCGCCUCAAUCUCGGACAUCUUGGAGGAUUAUCCGGCCCUUAAGCUCAAACAGCAGAUUUUUUAUGAGUUUGAACGGAUCACAAGCAUCAAUCUGAAGCAACGUUUCUUUGAGAUGGCCUCCGAAAACCUGACAGCAGUUCUUGAACUAACGGAGAACAAGCCAAAGCCAGAUAUUUUUUACAAGACUCUUGAACGGAUGGAUGUUGUUGAGGAAUCCGAGAAACAAGAACUGAACUGUCUGAUCUUCUUCUGUUUGUUUCCACUCCUGCUGAAAGAAACGCACAAUUCCUUCAUCACAUGCGAAACUUGCCCCGCAGUCUAUCCCAUCGCAGUGUGCCCCACGACAUCAACAGAGCGCUGCAGUGUGCUUUUUGAAAACCAGGCCUAUGAGGCAGAGGGCCCUCUGGAAGCUGUAGCACUUUGUUUUUGCCUGGCAUGGGUUUUUGACCUUCAGUACUUCGUUAAGUGUCGUCGUACAUUUGUUUGUUUCGAAAGACUUGCAGGUCUGAAACACUCAAAGCUGGGCUGCAUGGGCACAAGGCUGCUCACUGCCCUGAGUUCAAAAAGAACAUAAAACUAAGGUUUUUUCCUUUCUUUUUUUGGGGGCUUUUUUUUUUCACAUGUUGCUAAACAAGUUUUUCUGUGCUUGUGUAAUGCAUUGAAGGAAUGCAUUUUAUUUUUAGUUUCUUCAGCACAUCUAUUCUUGAAGGUCAAAAACCUAUGCCAGGUUUUUUUUAUAUAAAUAUAGGGUGACCCUAGUCGCCAGGCUCUAAAAUGGACCGUAAAAAUCGAUUCCUUCACGUAGCAAUCAAAACUUUUUCG